AUUAGUCACACAGGAGAAGAAACUUGAAGCAUAAGCAAAGAGCCAAACAUAGAAAAUCUCAUCUUUUCCACAAUAAAAGAUGAGGCAGGGUUAUUCCACAGGGAUGUUUCGGUAAUUCCACUCAUUCCUUCGUUCCACCGUCGCUUUCGACAGUUACACACUGAACUCUCUUCUUCGUUUUCACACCAUUUUAGUUCCAUUCCGCUUCUGAAAUCUGGUCUUUGUACUUUAUACUAAAUUGGGUAGAGUUGAGCAGUGUCAUUGGGUGUGAAUGGAAACUGGGUCGUUGAACUCGGAAUCAUUGAACAGAAAUGUGGGCAUGAGUGUGAGGGGUGGCACUGGGAAGAAACAAGGUGGAGUAGCAGGGAAAGUGGAGCCUUUUGUAUCACAAAAUGAGCACAACCCGAGAGAGUUACGGUCGUGGGCGAAGAGAACGGGUUUUGUGUCUGAUUACUCAGGGGAAGCAGGGACAAGUGGGAGUGCAAAGUUUGAAGCUUUUGAGAGGAAGGGAGGAGGGUCAUCUCCCAAGAUAGAGAUAGAUCCGGUGGUGGGGAGGACAAGACGAAACGAGAUCGAAACAGAGUCUCGUGGAGGUGCACCGAGGGCUGAGAAUGGUGCUGUUUUGGAUGAGAGGGGGAGAAAAGAGGAGAGGAAAGUUGGUUUGAAUGGUAAUGCCAAUAAUGGGGUGGUGAAUAGGGAAGGGAAUGGGCAUGGAGCCUCUGCAGUUGCUCCGGUGAAUGAGGAAAAGGAGGGGGAGGAGGGGAAUGGGGAUGUUAAGGUCAAUGUGUUUCCGGCAGAGGAGGAGCAUCGUGAUGGAGGGUGGCAGGGUCCGUUGGGAUUGAAGUGCGGGCUCAAAGAGAAUCCUGGGAUUGUACCUCUUAUCUAUUAUGGCCUGCAGCACUAUCUAUCAUUAGCUGGUUCUCUUGUGUUGAUUCCCUUAGUAAUGGUACCGGUCAUGGGUGGAACAGAUAAGGAUACUGCUUCCGUAAUCUCUACAAUACUGUUUCUUUCUGGCAUCACCACAAUACUGCACUCCUACUUUGGUACUCGACUGCCUUUAGUUCAAGGGAGCUCGUUUGUGUAUUUAGCACCGGCAUUAGUUAUCAUAAAUGCUCAAGAAUAUCGGAAUCUUACCGAGCAUAAAUUUAGACAUAUAAUGAGGGAACUCCAAGGAGCUAUAAUUGUUGGUUCAAUAUUCCAAUCUAUCCUGGGAUUUAGUGGUUUAAUGUCUGUUCUACUCAGGUUAAUCAACCCAAUUGUGGUUGCCCCAACUGUUGCUGCUGUAGGUUUAGCAUUUUUCAGCUACGGUUUUCCACAAGCAGGCACUUGCCCAGAAAUUACCAUUCCACAGAUAGCACUGGUUCUGAUAUUCACUUUGUAUCUUCGAGGAAUAUCUAUCUUCGGGCGCCACUUAUUUCGAAUUUAUGCUGUUCCCUUGAGUUUGACAAUAAUUUGGAUAUAUGCAUCCUUUUUAACAGCUGGGGGAGCAUAUAAUUACAAAGGAUGCAAUCCUAAUAUACCAAGUUCAAACAUUCUUUUGGAUGCAUGUAGAAAACAUGCAUAUACCAUGCAGCAUUGCAGGACUGAUGUUUCCAAUGCAUUGGCUACUGCUGCAUGGGUCAGAAUUCCUUACCCUUUACAGUGGGGCAUCCCUGUUUUCCAUUUUAGGACUUCCAUAAUCAUGGUCAUAGUGGCACUUGUUGCUUCUGUGGAUUCGGUUGGAACUUAUCGUGCUACAUCUCUGCAAGUUAAUUCAAGACCUCCUACUCCCGGUGUUGUGAGCCGAGGAAUUGCUCUUGAGGGUUUCUGUAGCAUACUGGCUGGGCUUUGGGGUUCAGGUACAGGCUCAACAACCUUGACAGAAAACAUACACACAAUUGACAUCACCAAGGUGGCAAGUCGGAAGGUAGUGGUGGUUGGAGCUGCUUUCUUGAUCUUGUUCUCAUUUAUAGGGAAAGUGGGUGCCCUUCUCGCUUCCAUUCCACAGGCCUUGGCUGCUUCAGUACUAUGUUUCAUGUGGGCUCUUACUGCAGCAUUAGGCCUCUCUAAUUUACGGUAUAGUCAAUCAACCAGUUUCAGGAACAUUACAAUAGUUGGCGUUUCACUGUUCCUUGGCAUGUCUAUCCCUGCUUAUUUUCAACAAUACCAGGCUGAGUCAAGUCUGAUACUACCCAGUUAUCUGGUUCCGUAUGCAGCAGCAUCAAGCGGACCAUUCCGUUCAGGCAUUAAACAGCUUGAUUUUGCAAUCAAUGCUCUUAUGUCCUUGAACAUGGUGGUUACACUGUUGGUGUCAUUCCUACUGGACAACACUGUCCCUGGCAGACAAGAAGAGCGAGGGGUGUUUGUCUGGUCAAGAGCCGAAGACAUUUCCACUGAUCCCUCUUUGCUAUCUGAAUAUUCGCUGCCAAAGAAGGUCGCCCGGUGUUGCUGUUGUUUCAAUUUUAAAUGUUUGGGAGUAUAAUGCUUGGUUCACUCUGACAUUUUAAUCUUGGUAAUAUUCCUUCAAGAUAAAGGUCACUCCUGGAUAUGUGUAUUGCCGCUCGUGAAGGCAAACGUAAAUUAUGCAGUGUAAUAUAGUUAUAGUGACAUUAGGUUGGCCAUAGAGUGAUAGCUGUAGAACAUUUAUUAUGCUUGGGAAAUUGCAUUUUUUUACUUGUCAAAUUGUCUUGCUGAAAAACCAGAUACUAUACUUGUAUUGAUAUAUUUAUAUGAAUAAGUAUUCCAUUUUUGCUGUUU